UCAAGGUCAGAGGAAAAGUGGAUGGCGAAAGAACACAUUGCGCCAAGAAACAGAGAAAGAUACGAAAAGAAUGCAUAAGGAUUGGGUAGAACUGGUAGGUAGGUAAGAGAACACUGGUCGGCUGCAUCUGCUCCAAUGGGGUGUCUGGCGGUAAUUGGAUAAUGAACAAUUUUCUUAGAGGCACCUUCUAGUUUCGGGUUACAACAACCGGUUGAUUUAUCACACAACCUCUAUUUUAUCAGUGUUUUCUAAAAUAUGUCGUUAGCUGAUGAACUUUUAGCUGAUCUUGAAGGAGCUGAAACAUCAGAAGAAUUGAUAACUGAUUCAAAUUUGCAUGAAGUUGAAGAUGUUACUAUGUUAAGCGUAAAUAAAUCGGAUGAUUUUCAGUCGAAUGUAUCAGCUUCAGGAUUUAAAAAUGUCUUAAAAGCUGCUUCUUUUGCUGAUGCUCCGAUAACUGCUUACGCUAAGUUAAGAAACAGUGAUAGAUUAACCAAUGUCAUGGCAGAUCUUGAUCGUUUUGCGAAACAAAAGAAACGUGAUCGAAUUCAUGGCCCAGUUGAAGCUGAUCCAGAAUAUCAGUGUAUUGUUGAAGCGAAUAAUCUUAUGGUAGAAAUUGACAAUGAAAUUAAUAUCAUUCAUAAAUAUGUUAGAGAUUUGUAUUCAAUGCGAUUCCCUGAACUUGAAUCUCUUGUACCAGGACUUUUGGAUUAUUUGAAAAUUGUUUUGGUCUUAGGAAAUGAUAUACUUGAACGUUCCAAACAAACUGAUUUACUUGCUUCUUUUUUAACUCCAGCAACAAUUAUGGUUGUAUCAGUCACUGCAUCAACUACUCAAGGAUCAUCUUUAACAUCGGAUCAAUUGACACGUAUUAUUGAAGCAUGUACUAUGGCAAUAGAAUUACAAGAAAUGCGUGUUACAAUGUUAGCUUAUGUAGAAUCACGUAUGUCAUUUAUUGCUGCCAAUACAAGCAUUCUAGUAGGUGCAUCAACAGCAGCGAAAUUAAUGGGUCAUGCUGGUGGUUUGACUGCAUUGACUAAAAUGCCAUCUUGUAAUAUUCUUGUAUUGGGUGCACAAAAACGUUUAUUAUCCGGAUUCAGUAAUACAUCAGUUCUACCACAUACAGGAUAUAUUUUCAAUUCAGAAAUUGUACAAAAGCUACCUCCAGAUUUACGUUUAAAAGCUGCUCGAUUAAUAGCAAAUAAAGUGGCAUUAGCAGCACGAGUAGAUUUAUUUCAUGAAUCUCCGAAUGGACAUGUUGGCGAAAAAUUGUUAUUGGAAAUUGAACGAAAAUUCGAUAAAUGGCAAGAACCACCUCCAGUGAAAACAAUUAAAGCUUUACCAGCCCCAAUCGAUCCACCUGCUAAAAAACGUGGUGGUCGACGUUAUCGUAAAAUGAAAGAACGUUUAGGUAUGAGUGAGUUACGUCGAUCAGCGAAUCGUAUACAAUUCGGUGAAAUUACUGAUGAUGCAUAUCAAAGUGAUUUAGGCUUUUCAUUAGGUUCACUUGGUCAACGUGGUGUAGCUGGACGUUUACGUGCACCACAAGCUGAUUCUAAAACAAAAGCUCGUGUCAGUAAAGCAUUACAACAGAAAUUAUCUAAAUUUGGUGGUAUGUCAACAAUGCCGACAACAUCAUUAGGUGCAACAAAUUGGGGCGGUAAUUCUACUGUACGUAAACAUGUUGCUGGUACAUCAUCAUCAAUUGCAUUUACUCCAUUACAGUUUGUGUCUUGUAUAUAUCUACAGUGUAUAAGUAAGUGGUUAGUGAUUCAUGUUAUAGAGAGUACCUCUCUCUCUCUCUGUGUGUGUGUGUCUCACUCUCCUAAACUUGUGUCUGUUUAUUAA